UUCGCUGCAACUCCAUGGACUCCAUGUUCAAGCGCUGACCCCUGCAGAAAGGGCAACCGUUCAACCCUAACCCAGCUCUCACUUGUUGCGGGGUGCGGAGAUACUCUCUACUCCGUCCUUGACGCUGCUCCUAUUUCGGCCUCCGAUAAGAGCCAUAGAAAUUCUCCCUAUCGGUACACUUGCAAGCGGUCAGAGCUUGCUGAAUGAGGAGCUUGAACCUUGGUGGGGUUGACAACUUUGUUCGGAAUUGGCGGUCUCAGUCAGCAACUCGAUGCGAAUGGGAGGUGAAAUAAGACGCAGUGGAAGGGAGAGCUUCAACAACAGCGAGACAGUCUGUCGGCGACAUACCUAUCCCACAACCACAAUUAUCUUCGUAUCCCAUCGGCAUCGCCACUGGUCAACAUGGUCGGCCUCGGACCGAAGCCGCCCCCCUCUAGGAAGGGCACCGGCUCUCUCGUCGAUGCGCCGAAGGAUCUCCUUAAGGAGAUCAAGGUCCUUGAAGAGCUCUUCACCGUCGACACCGCCAAGCUCAAGCAGAUCACGGACCAUUUCGUCAAUGAGCUCACGAAAGGACUGAGCGUUGCGGGAGGCAGCAUCCCCAUGAACCCAACAUGGGUCAUGUCGAAACCGACCGGCUACGAGACGGGCACCUACCUGGCCCUUGACAUGGGCGGCACCAACCUGCGCGUCUGCCAAGUGACUCUGACGGAGCAGAAGUCCGAGUUUGAUAUUAUCCAGUCGAAGUACCGAAUGCCCGUGGAGUUGAAGACCGGCGACGCCGACGAGCUUUGGGAAUAUAUCGCCGACUGCCUGCUGCAGUUCAUUGAGACGCACCACGGCGACGUGUCCAAGAUGGAGAAGAUCCCCCUGGGUUUCACCUUCUCCUACCCGGCCACCCAGAACUACAUUGACGAGGGCAUCCUGCAGCGGUGGACCAAGGGCUUUGACAUUGCUGGCGUGGAGGGUCGCAAUGUCGUUCCCAUGUUCGAAGCAGCCCUUGCACGGCGGGGAGUCCCCAUCAAGCUGACCGCCCUCAUCAAUGACACUACGGGCACGCUCAUUGCCUCGGCAUACACCGACCCUAGGAUGGAGAUCGGAUGUAUCUUUGGCACGGGCUGCAAUGCUGCCUACGUAGAGAACUGCGGGUCCAUUCCGAAGCUGGCUCACCUGAACCUGCCGCCCGAGACGCCCAUGGCAAUCAACUGCGAGUGGGGUGCCUUCGACAACGAGCACAAGGUCUUGCCGCGGACAAAGUACGAUAUCACGAUUGAUAACGACUCGCCGCGCCCUGGCCAGCAGGCCUUCGAGAAGAUGAUUGCGGGUCUCUACCUCGGUGAGAUCUUCCGCCUGAUCAUGGUUGAUCUGCACGACAACCACGACGUGCACAUCUUUGCCGGCCAGGACAUCUCCAAGCUCCGGCGGCCGUACACUCUGGACUCGUCCUUCCUGUCGGCUAUCGAAGAGGAUCCCUUUGAGAACCUGUCCGAGACGCUUGACCUCUUCCAGACGAAGCUGAACAUCAGCCCCAACCUGGCGGAGCUCGAGCUCAUCCGGCGCACAGCCGAGCUGAUCGGCACCCGCGCGGCUCGUCUGUCGGCGUGCGGCGUCGCUGCCAUCAGCAAGAAGAAGAACCUGACCUCGUGCCACGUGGGGGCCGACGGGUCCGUCUUCAACAAGUACCCGCACUUCAAGGCCCGUGGCGCCCAGGCCCUGCGCGAGAUCCUCGACUGGCCCGAGAAGACUGACCCUAAGGAGGAAGAUCCGAUCGAGAUACUGGCUGCCGAGGACGGGAGCGGCGUGGGGGCUGCGCUGAUUGCAGCGCUGACCUUGCAGCGCGUCAAGGAUGGCAACAUGCACGGCAUUCUGCACCCGGAAAAUUUCAAAUAAGCAGACAAGCCUGACUUAGGCCUUGGACCGGAGGAACGGCGCGUUGGAGAGAUCUGGCUUAGAGAUAUUUGCCUGUGCAAAAUCUCGGUGGGAUAUUAGCAUCUGCGCACGGCGACGAUAGCUGAGGCAUUUGACUGCUCAGAGGGAAAAAAGACCGGGUCCUUGAACAUCUCUGG